AUGCAUCUGCAAUCCAUAAAAGCACUUCGCCCUCCCAUCAGCGUUAAUGUCACCGAGGAGCGUCCUAGGGUAGGAGUAGUGCCAGGUAUUGGGGUAGGAGUAGUGCCUGGUAUUGGGGUAGGAGUAGUGCCUGGUAUAAGGGUAGGAGUAGAGCCUGGUAUUGGGGUAGUGCCUGGUAUUGGGGUAGGGGUAGUGCCUGGUAUUGGAGUAGUGCCUGGUAUUGGGGUAGGGGUAGUGCCUGGUAUUGGGGUAGUAGUAGUGCCUGGUAUUGGGGUAGGAGUAGUGCCUGGUAUUGGGGUAGGGGUAGUGACUGGUAUUGGAGUAGUGACUGGUAUUGGGGUAGGGGUAGUGCCUGGUAUUGGGGUAGUGCCUGGUAUUGGGGUAGUGCCUGGUAUUGGGGUAGGAGUAGUGCCUGGUAUUGGGGUAGUGCCUGGUAUUGGGGUAGGGGUAGUGCCUGGUAUUGGGGUAGGGGUAGUGCUUGGUAUAGGGGUAGUGCCUGGUAUAGGGGUAGUGCCUGGUAUAGGGGUAGUGCCUGGUAUUGGGGUAGUGCUUGGUAUAGGGGUAGUGCCUGGUAUUGGGGUAGUGCCUGGUAUAGGGGUAGUGCCUGGUAUUGGGGUAGUGCCUGGUAUAGGGGUAGUGCCUGGUAUAGGGGUAGGGGUAGUGCCUGGUAUUGGGGUAGUGCCUGGUAUUGGGGUAGGGGUAGUGCCUGGUAUUGGGGUAGGGGUAGUGCCUGGUAUUGGGGUAGGGGUAGUGCCUGGUAUUGGGGUAGGAGUAGUGCCUGGUAUUGUAGUGCCUGGUAUAGGGGUUGUGCCUGGUAUUGGGGUAGGGGUAGUGCCUGGUAUAGGGGUAGGAAUAGUGCCUGGUAUUGGGGUAGGGGUAGUGCCUGGGGUAGUGCCUGGUAUUGGGGUAGGGGUUGUACCUGGUAUAGGGGUAGGGGUUGUGCCUGGUAUAGGGGUAGUGCCUGGUAUUGGGGUAGUGCCUGGUAUAGGGGUAGUGCCUGGUAUUGGGGUAGUGCCUGGUAUUGGGGUAGGGGUAGUGCCUGGUAUUGGGGUAGUGCCUGGUAUUGGGGUAGGGGUAGUGCCUGGUAUUGGGGUAGUGCCUGGUAUUGGGGUAGGGGUAGUGCCUGGUAUAGGUGUAGAGCCUGGUAUUGGGGUAGGGGUAGUGCCUGGUAUUGGGGUAGGGGUAGUGCCUGGGGUUGUGCCUGGUAUUGGGGUAGUGCCUGGUAUUGGGGUUGGAGUAGUGCCUGGUAUUGGGGUAGUGCCUGGUAUAGGGGUAGUGCCUGGUAUAGGGGUAGUGCCUGGUAUAGGGGUAGUGCCUGGUAGUGCCUGGUAUUGGGGGGUAGUGCCUGGUAUUGGUAUAGGGGUAGUGACUGGUAUAGGGGUAGUGCCUGGUAUAGGGGUAGUGCCUGGUUGGGGUAGUGCCUGUGGUAUUGGGGUAGUGCCUGGUAUUGGGGUAGUGACUGGUAUUGGGGUAGUGACUGGUAUUGGGGUAGGGGUAGUGCUUGGUUUAGGGGUAGUGACUGGUAUAGGGGUAGUGCCUGGUAUAGGUGUAGGGGUAGUGCCUGAUGACAGUGCCCGGGAGCCGCGUCCUGUGCCGGGGUAUGACGGAUGGCAGCGCCCGGGAUGA